ACAAUUAUGCAGUUUCAAGAUCACCAUGAAGCACACACAACUAGUUUUGUUCUGUUGUUUGAUUGUUUGUGUUUUAGAUGCAAAUGCAAUUGUUGAAUCAAUAUUUAAUGCUGCUCAUAGGGUUAAAUGUGGUACAUAUGACGUGAUUAAUAAGGUUAGUUUUCAUCGUAUAAAUAUUGAGGUGGAUAACUGCAAAGACAUUGUAAAUGAGAAGAAAGAUAAACUUAUAGACGAGAUGUUUGUUGAUGCCAAAACAGAACAACCAGAAAUAUUACACACAACCGUAAAACAAGAUUCUAGUAAACCUCUACCUAAACUUGAAAAUAAAAACAUUGUUGAUGUUAGUCCUAAUUGUCCACCAGGACAUCAAGCUGAUGGAGGAGUUUGUAGAGAAGUUAUGUGAUUAAAAUUUAUAAUCUGAUUAUACAGAAUUAGUUUAUAAAUAAAAAAAUU